GUUUGAUGCAAAUAAAUUAAACCACUCAUUCCAUCAGUUAUGAGUCACAGAUGUAGUGUUUUAUUGGUUGAUAGUGAACAUCAGUUUUUAUGUCAACCUUUUGAACUGUGUGUUAUUUAUUGAGAUAGUGAGAUUUUCCUUUUAAAUUACUGUUAAAGUAUCAUAGUGUAAUGAUGGAAGUUGACCUAAAGUUGUGUGUGAACAUUUUUAUUUCAUUAAUUUUUAUGGUGCGUUUAUAAAUAAGUAUGUUUUCCUAUCAAUUCUUCAUUUAGUUGGUGUUAUAAUGGAAGGAAGCAACUUACCUUCUGGGCCUGUUCCAUUGCCCAGGAAUAGAAAUAUGACCAAGACACCUGUUCCUCUCCCCAGGACAGUUGUAAAUGUUAUUUUGGAACCUAGUUCAGAUGAAAUGUCAACAGUUGAUAAUGAAAAUUGUAAACCAUCUAAGGCUCCAUUACUUCAUCCAAAUACUAUCCGCAAGAGUUUGAGAAGAGUAACUAGUAAUGUGCAAGAAAAAAGUAGUGCUGUUUUAAACUCAGCUAAAAACGUUAGCUCUAAAAUGGAAAGUUCUGUUCGUAACAUAUUAGGAAAACGCCACACAGUGUUGGGCGUUGAAGAACCAUUUGAGAAAGAAGGUGAUGGUGAUAAACAUCGAUGUCUUUCUCUUCCUUCUGAUGAUAUUUUUAGAAAUAUAAGUUUUGAAUCUCCACUUUCAGAAGCAGAUGAUGUUUCCGACUGCCCCUCAGUAUCAUCUAGCCCACCGUGUUAUCCACCUCCACCUUUACCUGAUGAAUCAAUUUAUGAUGAGAUUCGAUCCAAUCAAUCAGUAUUUUCAGGAAAUUUAUUUACUUCUUUACCGUCACCUGAAAUGUCGAUUGCUAGUAAUAGCAGCUAUUAUGAAGAAAUUCAUAGGUCAGAAAGCGCUAACGGUGCUUCUAAUUCUAAUGCUUCAUCAGGUGAGUUAGAAGAUUCCAAAUCUUUUAAUUAUUAUGACAUUCCUUUUGCUCUAGCCAAGCAAAGAGGCCAUAGUUAUGAGAAUGUUGCAAUAGAAUAUUUACCUACUGGGUCUUUCCAAAAUAUAUAUAGUGAGGAACCAGCCAAACCUAAAAUUUUCAAAAAACCUAUUAUUUGUCCACCUAGUGAAGAGGGUUCGGUUUGUAGUACAAAUAUUUUAUCUAAUUCAAAUUAUGAGAACUGGCAAAUUUCUGCUUCUUUGCGUAGCAUAUCUACUAAAAGUAAGAGGUCGUUUGCAACAAAAUCAGUAAUAGAUGAAUUUGACCCUCUGUUUGAAGGGCGAGCCUCUAGAAAAGAAAAGGAAGAUAAAAUAAAGAUGCAGCUUGAAGCUAAAGAUGUUUUCAUUGGCAUGAAUGAGUUACAGAAAUCACCUACUUCUCCUGCUAUGCUUGAUAUGCAUUCAUCAACCUCUUUGGUACCCAAUGAUUCUGGAGAAUAUUUCUUGUACCAUAGAGGAGCUGCUAAUCAAUGUUUACUUGGAGGAGAAGAUAUUCCCAAAGAAAUACCAGUACUUACACAAGGGAGAAAGAAAAGUAGCUUGAUAAGAUGGAGUAGUAUGAAGCGUGCAAUUAGAAUGGUUGCAGAUGCUGCAGCACCAUGGUCACCUGCCAUGUCUAGAAAAAGUCAAAAAGUGAGAGAAGAUGGUCAGAAAAUGUCAACUCUUUUGCAUAACGGUUAUAUUUUUAAAUCUCCAUCCAAUGGAGAAAAAACUAAAGAUCUAUUAAAAAAGUGGUGCCAGAUAGCUGAUGGAAAAAUUACCUUGACUGUUGAUAAAAAUGGCGGGAACAAAGAAGUGAUUGCUUUAGACUCGAUACUUAGCAUUCAAACUGUUCUGGAUGUUAAACUGAGUUCUGAAGGAGAGCCAUUAAUUUGUUGGGAGCUGAGUACUGUUGGAAGAAUUAAACCUCAUUUAUUUGGUUGUCCUUCACCUACUGAUUCAAAACUAUGGAUGCGGACGAUUUUAGAAUCGUUAACAAAUGUCUUCCCUGCUGCAUUAACUGUUGAUUAUACGCGUGCUGGUCAAUGUUUUUUGAAGGAGGGUGUCAGUAGUGAUUGGCAUGGAGCCUGGAUUCUUCUUUGUAACAGAACAUUAUACUACUGUCAGAUCGAAGGAAAAUCUAAAGAUAUAGAUUUAAGAAAAGCCAGGUGCAUCGUUAUGGCUAAUGAUGAAGGAAAAUGUGAAAGUACUAGUGAAUCUGGUUCUUAUAUAAAGAUUCAUUCAGUUGAGGAUAAUUUGUACAUUCAAAUGGACAAUGAUAAAGAAACUAAAAAUUGGCAUUUCAUCAUAAAAGCGGCAGCUUUAAGAAACGGUACAUCACUAGAGGAACAGCAGCUAACGAAAGAUUUUGUACCUGUAAUUGUUGACAAAUGUAUCAACUUUGUUUAUGCUCAUGGUAGUAUGUCUGAAGGUAUUUAUAGGCGAAGUGGUACCAAUUCGAAGGUUACUUCACUUUUGAGUUUGCUUAGGAAAGAUGCUUGGGAAGUACAAUUAUCGAGAAAAGAGUACACAGAAUAUGAUGUUUCAAGUGUUUUAAAAAGAUUUUUUAGAGAUCUUCCGGAACCUCUUCUUACAAAUACUUUGCAUAAAUAUUUUUGCAAUGCUGCAGGAGCAAAAUGUACAAAAGCUGAAAAGGAAAGUAUGUAUAAAAGUUUUCUUGAUAAGCUGCCACAAAUCAGUUAUGUUACACUCAGAAGACUGAUUGGACAUCUUUAUUUCGUUCAUUGUCAAUCAGAUAAAAACAAAAUGCCAGUAGGAAAUUUAGCUGCCAUCUGGGCUCCUACUCUUAUGCACGUUGAAGGUAAAGAAGGUAUAGAAUGGACAAAAAAAGAAUGUGAAGUGAUUACAGAUCUUAUCCUUAACUACAAAUCUGUUUUCCAAGUAGAAGAUGAAGAAGCUAAAAGAGAGAAACGUAUCAUGGAAGUAUUGGAAAAAGUCCAUGAGUCUCCGAAUACUUUACCCAUUCCAAAACCAUCUGGGGAUUUUAAGAUAUCCAUUUAUAUUGGCUCUCGUAGGGGAGAAGCCAUUACUAUUCCUGUUGGACCUGGAGUUGACAGCGGAAAAAUCUGUAGCUUACUAGCGUAUAAGACUGAUUUCGCUCCACAUGAGCUUUGUUUGUCUGAAUGUGUUCUUGGAGGAGUGCUUAGCAGGCCACUACAUCACUCGGAGAUGGUUCUUGAAACUGUUCUCAAAUGGGCUUAUUGGGAUUCUUCAGAUUCUAAAGACAAUUACUUACUUCUGGGAAAUAAUACUAUUUACAAAGAAAUAAUGCCUUUAACUAAACCUCCUAUAUCAAAGUCUGGUGAGCUCCGUUUCGCUGACAAAAAAAGCAAAUCAUUCAAGACUUUCAUUUUUGAAUUUAGUCAAGCAAAACUAAGUUACUAUAAAGAUAAAGCUUGUUCUAUAAAAUUAUGUGAAUGGAACAUUGAAGAAAUAAUAUGGUACAUUGGUCAUGAACCUAAAAGAAAUCCACAAUCAAGAUGGGCAAUUACAUUUAUAGACAAAAAGGAUCCUGUAAAAAGGACCAAAGAAUGUCCUUAUUUCGGUAAUACAAUUGCUGGAAGCUCGAAAGAAGAACAUUUGCAGUGGAUGGCUGCAAUGUUGGUUGGACAGUAUCACCAUUCUGAUUUGCUAUUAAAUCCAUUAUUAAUUUAAAAACAUAUAACUAUAUUUUUAUUAUUGUAAUUAUUUUACUGUAAAUUAUUAUAAAUUAUUGUAAUUAUUUUUCUUGCAAAUCAGUUUUAUGUAGUAACUAACUUUUGUACUGUAGCUUUUAAUUUUUAUCAUUGUUUUAAUAAUUAUGAUAUUUUCAGUUUAAAUUAUUGUUUUUAUAUGUUCGGUUUUAUUUGUGUGAAUAAGUAUGGCUUUCAGGGGUAUGAGCUUUAUCUCAUAAAGGCAUGGAAAUGAAUUUAAAAAAAAAAAUAGUUGAACUUUUUUAUGUGUUUUAAAUUGUCUUAUUUUUUUUUUUAAAUUUUCAAGUUUCAACUAUAAAUGUGAUUGGUUCCUAAAUCUUGCCUUUUAAUUGUUAAAUAUUAAUCUGUGAAAGAAUUAGAACAAUAUAUAUCAGUAUUAUAGUCUUUAUUUUUAGGAGAUACAAAUUUAUUCAGAUUUUUAUUAUUAUUUUUUUCAAUGAUUUGCCUAGUCAUUUUGACUUCCAUUGAAUGGAUUUUAGAUUUCAUUAACUUCAGAUUAUUUCUAAAUUAUAUUACUUUAUUUUAUGAAAUUAGGGUUAUAGUAACCCUAGCAAUAUGAUAUGAUCACGUUUUGUUUGUUUUAUUUUAGCAUAAUUUUUAUACUGGUUUUAUUUUAAAUUGUUAAUUUUAUAUAUUUUAGUUACCAAAGUUAGUAUUUAUCCUAUUUUAAGCAAUAUAUAUAUGUAUAUUAUAUUUUAUGCAUUUUUAAUGUUUUGUACUUACCCUAUUAAUUUGGAUAAGUAAUUCUAAUAUGUACUUCAGGAAAUAGAAAUGUGUGAUAAUAAUGAAUUUUAAUAAAACCUAUAAUAUUAUGUAGAUAUUGAGUUACCAUUAAAUUAUUUGCAUUUAA